GAGAGACCAGGCACACGUGAGUCGUGACCUCACGAAGAAAGAACAGAAGGGAAAACGCAGAGAGCAAGAAAGGAAGAACGUCCAUGGUGGCCAAGCAAGCUUCAACGUCGAAGAACUCCUCUUCUCCCCCUUCUUCUUCUCCAGCCUCCUCGGCUCCCGUUGAAACGCCCACCUACAACUCCUACAGCGAGUUCGAAAGGAAACUGAAUGUAACGAAGUCGAUAACGAAGAAGAAGCCGAAGAUGCCGCCAUGCGCCUUCUUCUUUUACAUGGAAGAUUUUCGCAAAGAAUUUCAUGAGCAGAACCCAGAUGUCAAGUCCAGGGCGCGUGAGUUUAGCAAAGCAUGCGGGGAGAAAUGGAAAAGGAUGACAUAUGAGGAAAAAGUCAAGUACUAUGACAUCGCCAUCCAGAAAAUGGCAGAGUUUGAAAUUGCCAUGAAGGAUUACACAGAGAACAAGGAAUCUGGCGAAUACGAGGACAGUGAUGAGGACUCCGACUCCGACGAUUACUACUAGGACUAUUGUAUUCAGCUACCAAUCCUUGAGCAGGCACAAGCUAUUAAGUACACGAGCACAGAAGUUAUACAUCCCUUUUGUGAUCAUUACCUUGUUUGUGUAAAUGGGUAUGUGAUUCUGUGCAUAUGAGAUAUGACAACUAAUGUGAACUGACAUUGAAGUAAAUAGGUUAAUAGUUUUGUAGACAAGGUAAAAACCAUGUCAUUGCAGAUGUCAAAA